UCGUCAUUAAUCCUUCCGACCGGAAGUUGAUUUGUACGUUUCAAAACAAUCCAAAAUGUCUGCUGCUGAUGAGGUUUGCAAGUUGGCUUACGAUGGAAAUUUCCCGCAGUUUAAGCUGAAAGUUGACAAUAACCCUUCUCUUGCAUCAGCAGUGGACUCGUCAGGGAGACGGCCGCUUCUCUGGGCUGCCUGUGGUGGUCACAUGGAUAUUGUUGAGUACCUGCUGCGACUAAAAGUUGAUGUGAACGCUUGGGAUGAGACUAGUUGGACACCCCUGAUGAUAGCAGCAUCAGCAGGCAGGGAGGAAAUUGUCAGGAUACUUAUAAGUCAUGGAGCUUACAUUGAUGCUUCCAACUCAAGUGGUCAAUCCCCCCUGCACUAUGCAGCAUCAAAAGACAGACCAGGGAUCACAAAGAUUUUAUUGGAGAAUGGAGCAGACCCUAACAAAACUGAUUACUAUGGCCACACUCCCUUACAUCGUGCCGCCUCAAAAGGCAAUGCAAAGAUAGUCAAGCUGCUUCUUGAACAUCAGGUGGACCUUGACCCUCGGGAUGCCACAGGCUCAACACCUUUGCACAUGGCAUGUGAGGAUGACAAGGCAGAAGUGGCAUACAUUUUAGUAGACCAUGGUGCCAGAGUAGACAUUUUGAACAAUGAUAAGAAGACGCCUCUGGAUGUUGCACCAAGGGGCUUGCGAGCAUCAAUCAAAGCACGUCUUGAACCAGACAGAUAAAAGAAUUCUGUCCCCUUUUAGAAAACUUCAAAUGCCGAUAUGACCACAGAAAUACUUCACAUCAGGAUUCCUUCAAAUAUCUCAUGGUGCUUUUGCUUGCAUUCUGGCCUGGGUGGGAAGUAAACUCUGCUACAGCAGACACUUGUAUGCUAAGCAGUAUUAGCUGCAACAUGUCUACAACUUAUACUUACCAUCUCCAGUUACACCCACUUCCCACACUGGUCCUGUAUUGCACACAGAUAAUGUUUAAAAAUGUCUGUGAUAAAGGAAAUAAAAAAGCCACAAGCUCA